GCGGCUACCGAUGUAGCUAGUCAUGUAGUAUCCGACCUCUAUGAUGUAGUGGUCGUUAGAUGUUGCGUUCUCAAAACCAACAGUCCGCCAAGCAUUCGAACAUUGCCGCCACGUUCGACGAAAUAUUUUUAACGACAAGGCGAGAAUGAAAGCGGCGUAUAUCUGGCUAAUCAAACGCUAGUAGGGGUCUUACUGUCACAAGCCGAUUAUUGACGGCGCUUCUGCUGAUAGCCUCAGAAAGCUACACAGAGCAAGUAGGCAACCACCCUCUGAGUAAAUAACAGAGAAUGGAAACUUGAUAGAGUUUUAUCGAUACGUUCUGGAGAGAACAGGACAGCUGGACGUCAACUGAAUGGUUUGUGGCACCAUAUAGAUUGAUUUAGUUUUUCUGCCAGAAGGUGACCAGACAUAACUGUACAAGAUGUCGAAUUUAGUCAGGCCGUUUCAUGUCCUUGGUGUGGACGAAGCUAUUCGAACAAAUUACACUGACCAGCUCAAUAAACUGCGUCAAACCUUCGCUUCAGGACGUACAAAAACCGUCAAAUGGCGUAAAACUCAACUCAAGGCUUUGCUACGCUUCCUUGAAGACAACAGCGAUCUUCUCGUCAAGGCAUUGGACAGCGACAUUGGCAAAAACCGUCAAGAAUCGUUGCUUUUUGACAUCGGAUUAGCGGUUAAUGAUGCCAAGGGUGCCAUUAUGGAGCUUCACAACUGGGUCAAGCCAGAGCCUACGGCCAAAAGUGUGCUGACCGUGUUCGAUAAACCAUAUAUCUGGAACGAGCCUUUGGGGGUUUGCCUCAUUAUGGGAGCUUGGAACUACCCCGUGCAAUUGCUGAUUUCUCCCGCGGUCGGCGCGAUUGCCGCAGGAAACAGCGUCGUAUUCAAGCCCUCUGAUUUAGCUCCAGCAACUGCGGCCGUUAUGGAAAAGCUAACGUCAUACCUUGACCCAGACGCUUUUCUGGUAGUUAACGGUGGGGUCGCCGAAAGCAAUGAGCUGCUCAAGGAACGAUUCGAUCAUAUCUUUUACACAGGAUCUAUCAACGUGGGUAAGAUUAUCCACAGCGCUGCCCAGAAAUACCUGACACCAGUCGUAUUAGAGCUAGGAGGCAAAUCACCCGUCUACAUUGACACGAGCACGGAUUUAGACCUUGCCGCGAAACGCAUUAUGUGGGGUAAACUUGUAAACGCUGGCCAAACCUGUGUUGCGCCUGACUACAUUCUGUGUCAUGAAAAUAUCUACGACAAGUUCAUCGACAAAUGCAAGAAGACGGUUCACGACUUCUACGGUGAUGAUCCGAAGAAGGCGAAGGAGUAUGGACGCAUUGUAACAAGCCGUCACGCGAAACGCCUAGAAGAUAUGAUCCAGGGUGCGGAUAUCGUUCUCGGUGGCGAAGUGGAUACAGAAGCACGUUAUGUUGCUCCCACGAUUAUUAGAAACGUCAAAAAAGACGAUCCCAUUAUGCAGGAAGAGAUCUUCGGCCCUAUUUUACCAGUCGUUAAGGUGAAGGAUAUGUCCGAAGCUGUUGAAUUCAUUAACAGCCGUGACAAACCGCUUACAUCGUAUGUGUUCUCUAAGAAUCAGAAGGUCAUUCGUAGUUUUAUUAAUGAUACAACAGCUGGUUCGGUGUGUGUCAAUGACGUCCUCGUGCAUCUAUCCGUAGACUCACUCCCGUUCGGUGGAGUUGGCAAUUCAGGUAUUGGCCGUUAUCAUGGCAAAUACACGUUCGAUUGCUUUUCGAACAAAAAAGCUGUCCUUCUCAGGAACUUCAACCCGGUGGGCGAAUAUCUCGGCUCAGUCCGUUACCCGCCACAUACGGAAUCAGGCUUGACACUGUUCCGACACCUUCUGGCAAAGCGGGCCAAUCCAUUCCGUUACGCCUGUUAUGUGGCACCUUACGUUAUUGGAGCAGCUAUCGGAAUUGGUGGAACUGUCCUCUAUCAAUAUCUAACCAUGGCAAAGGAACAUAGGCACUAAUCAGGUAGGACACAGUCUUCGGGUGAGAGACACUUUUUUCAUCAGUCUCUUUCAAACAGUUUAAGGUGAAUAAAAGGACCUAGUGCUAAUCGAUCGUCAUCGUUUUUUUAUAACUUCGAAUCCGAUAUAUUCCAUUAACUUACUUUUUUUCUCUCUAUUUUACUAGACCGUACUGCACAUGAUCCUAAAAAGGCUCGAGCAAGCAAAACAGUUAAACAUUUUCGAUCUUCAUUAAUGUGCUCAGGAUUGACGGUCUCGCAGGUGGACAAGAAUAGUGAAAUAGUUUGAUGGAUUCGUUAUUCCUAAGUCGUUGUAUUGUACUGAUUGUUUUUACAGUCAAUCAAAUGAAACUGCUAUUAUAUGGUCAAAUAAUGGCCUUACACAUUGAAAAACUCAUUUGAUUGUGUUGGAGUAUCAGAGUGAAGACAAGUACAGUCAUAGGAGCAUUGAAUAUUAAGCGAUUAUAAAAACGAAUAAGACCUGGUUAACCGAUCGUGUACCCAUAGCCUGUGCCUUCAUAUUACGUCUGUAUAUUUAUCUGUUCUUAUAAGCGACAUAAAAACCUUAAUCAAAACCGUAACUUCGUAUCGCCCGAUAAGCUAUACAUGAAUUCCGUUCCUAUUUUUUCUGCAGUUUUGUCGCUGUAUGAAUUGCAUUAA